AAAAUACUAUAAGAAAAGUCAAUAAAUAAUAGUAUUAUGACUCGAAAGUCGAAUUUGCCUUUUUGCUCGCAAAUAUUAGUAGAUUCUGCGACAGGUUAUCUGGGAAAUACAACUAGGGAACAGGAUCUAAAAGUGGAGGAAUUGCGUAAAGAACUUGAGGAGGAGGGGUUUUCUGAGCGUUUGGAUACACCAUCUAUGGUUUAUUUUAUUUUUUAAAAUUAAAUAUUAUGAUUGAUUUAAAAAUUUAUUAGUUACGGUUUCUUAGAGCUCGUAAAUUUGAUGUUUCUCAGGCAAAAACUAUGUUUGUGGAAUGUGAACAAUGGAGAAAAGAUUUUGGAGUAGAUGAUAUUGUAAAAACGUUUUGCUACAAUGAAAAAAUGGAUAUUUUUAGAUAUUAUCCUCAAUAUUAUCAUAAAGAAGAUAAGUAUGGUCAGCCGAUUUAUAUAGAACAUCUUGGGAAAAUAAAUCUUAAUGAAAUGUAUAAAAUUACUACAGAAGAGAGGAUGCUGCAAAAUCUUGUUUUUGAGUAUGAAAAAUUUAUUCAUCAUAGACUGCCUGCAUGUUCUAGAAAAAGUGGAAGACUUAUUGAAACAUCUUGUACAAUUAUGGAUCUUAAGGGUGUUGGUAUUUCUAGCAUUAGUUCAGUAUAUAGUUAUGUAAAAAAGGCGACAUUUAUUGGACAGGCAAGAUAUCCAGAAAGAAUGGGUAAAUUCUAUAUGAUUAAUGCUCCUUGGGGAUUUUCAUCUGCAUUCAAAGUAAUAAGACUUCUUUUAGAUGCUGCAACUGUGAACAAAAUAUAUAUUCUUGGGACAGAUUAUAAAUCAGUUUUAUUGGAACAAAUUCCAGAAGAAAAUCUCCCAAAAAUACUUGGAGGUACCUGUGAAUGUGAUGGUGGAUGUGAGUUUUCUGAUGCAGGUCCAUGGAACGAUCCUAAAUGGAUGCAAUCUUCUUCUAACGAAAUCGAUUUUCAGAAGAUUAAUAAUAAUGAAAUCAAUUAAGAAAUUUCCGU